GCCACGUAUAUGCAGGUAACGGAUCAUGAUUUUUCUUACCGUGCGCCGAAAACACAGAAGAACAUCACUUGUAUCCAAAAGCAGGUGAUUGGUGCGUGCACCCGCGCGCUCUCUCUGAUUGGCCAUGAUUGAAUCAUCCUCAUGGUAGAGAGAUAUCGAGGGCGAAAGCCGAACUGUGCCAGGAAUUUCCAUUUCCAUGGGCUCUCAGAAUUUGUGCUUUUAGCCUUUUCAUUUCCUGAGUCUCACCUGAAGUGAUCAGUGAUCUCGAUUCCUGGAGCUUUCCUGAAGCCCUUAGACUCUCCCUGUUUGUUUCCUGCGAAAAGUUCUCGAUUUUCGAAGCAUUUGUUCCUUUUUAGGGUUUCGGGUGGGUCUGAAAUCUGGCGAACGAUGGCUCAAGCUGUUGAAGAAUGGUACAAGCAGAUGCCCAUCAUCACCCGCUCCUAUCUCACAGCCGCUAUCGUCACCACCAUCGGCUGUUCGCUCGAUAUAAUUUCUCCCUAUCAUCUGUACUUGAACCCUAGACUUGUGGUGAAGCAGUAUCAGUUCUGGCGCCUAAUCACCAAUUUCUUGUACUUCCGCAAAAUGGAUUUGGACUUUCUUUUCCACAUGUUCUUUCUUGCGCGAUAUUGCAAGCUUCUUGAAGAGAACUCUUUCAGAGGAAGGACAGCUGAUUUCUUUUACAUGCUUUUAUUUGGUGCCACCAUUUUGACUGGGAUUGUUCUAAUUGGGGGGAUGAUACCUUAUGUAUCAGAAUCAUUCGCAAAAAUUAUAUUCCUUAGCAACUCAUUGACAUUCAUGAUGGUUUAUGUGUGGAGCAAGCAAAAUCCUUUUAUUCAUAUGAGUUUCUUGGGUCUCUUUACCUUCACAGCAGCCUAUCUACCAUGGGUUCUUUUGGGAUUUUCUGUCCUUGUUGGCGCGAGUGCUUGGGUAGAUCUACUGGGAAUGAUAGCUGGUCAUGCCUACUAUUUCCUUGAAGAUGUUUAUCCAAGGAUGACCGGUCGCCGGCCCCUACGAACUCCUUCAUUUAUCAAGUCACUGUUUGCAGAUGAGGCUGUUGUGGUGGCUCGGCCUGCGAACGUGAGAUUUGCUCCCCCACCAGUAGAGGAAGUCCACAGAGACUAGUCAAGCCCUAGGACAUUUUGACUUGAAGGUUGCUGGCCUUUGUACUGACCUGCCCUGAAGAAAAAGUAAUGCCAGCGGGGAGGGGAGGAAGAUUGGGCCAUUUGGCCAACUUCUUCAUCAAAGUGCAUCUGAUGGGAUGGAUUUUAUUUGUGGUUAAUGCGUUUACUCCAUAUCUGGUUUAACUUCUAUCAUGUGAUGUUGUUUCUAUUGCACCCAUAUAGGCGUAUAAUGAUUCGUGUAGUUUGAAUUUGGAACUGUAUACUUUCUGCUCAAUGUAGAGGCUUUUUAUUGUUUUGCGGUCAUAGCUGAUAGUUGGAACAGAUACAAAGCAAUCUCCUGUCAGAAGUUUUAGAGAAUGAUCAAAUGGUUCCUUCUUUUUUAUUCUAA